AUGCUCAAUGGGGCCGACAAUGAAGCUCUUUAUAGACUCCUUCCAAUGAGAAUAGCUUUCAAGAAUACUUCUAUUGCUGCGAUGUCUUUAACAGAAUUAUGGGUUAUCAAAAUUCACCUCUCAAUUAUUCCAAGACAGAAAGGAAUCCCAAGCUCACCUGCAAAUGCCUGCAAUGAGGUCCAGAGUGAAAUAUGUGGGCAACAAGACCACGGGGGUAAAGAUCCAUGGAGGAUACGACUGAUUGGUCAGUUUCUGAAGGAUCGAGUAAAUGAUAGAACAAAAGAGUGUGGAGGGAUAUUGGAAAACCGACGUCGCUUUGCACUGGAAAGUGUGGAAUCAAAGAGCAACGAGAUUGGAGCUAAUAGUCUGGAUAAAACUAUCUCCUCAUGGGUGCUCAAUGGGGCCGAAAAUGAAGCUCCUCAUAGACUCCUUCCAAUGAGAAUAGCUUUCAAGAAUACUUCUAUUGCUACUGAUGUCUAUAACAGAAUUAUGGGUUAUCAAAAUUCACCUCUCAAUUAUUCCAAGACAGUAGCCAUUGUUAAGAAAGCCUGCUCUACAUUGAUAGCAUCUUCUGCACUCGUCUCAAGGAAAGAAAUCCCAAGCUCAUCUGCAAAUGCCUGCAAUGAGGUCCAGAGUGAAAUACGUGGGCAACGAGACCACGGGGGUGAAGCGGGUCAGCCCAAAUUAGGUUGUGGUUCUAAUAAAAAUGAAGAACGAGCUAUGAAGCAGAAGAAGGAAGCUUCACCAGAAGAAUGUAACAAGGCAAUUGAAGGUUUGAGCACUGUUAAAGCCAAAGCCAAGCAGCAAGAAUCCCAGAAGGGUGCUAAACCUAUACUGAAGAGAAUGUGGCCUAUGCUUUUAGCGAUUAGUCCUGCUUUAAGGGCGUUGCUUCUAUGA